AACAUCUGAAAUGCCAUUCAUUCCCACAUUCACACUUUGGGAGCCGGCUGAUGACACUUUCUCCCCGUGGUUUUUGCUCUGUGCGCGUGGAUUAAGCCUCAGCGCACGCGGCUCUGCGCCGCAAUGUCCGCGCGUCUCGCAGUGGAGGAGCGCGUCAAAGCUUGUAACACAUUCCAGCAGAGAGAAAGCGAGAGACGCAGAGCCGGCGUGUUUGUGCGAGAGCGGGAAGAAAUGCAUGAAUGAAUUCUUGGUCAGACCUGAGUGCCCAUUACGCACAUGGCGUUUCGUUUUCCACCGUUAUCAGCUAUGGAGCGGAACAUCUGGGGUUAGUUCUCACGAUAUAAUCGGGCUACGGAGAGGUGACAGAGGGAGUGAGAAUGGAUGCCGAGAGUCUUAUUAAACACUUCCAGCGAGACCCGGAGGCCACUUUAAUGCCGCUGUCAGUCACCUCUGACUGGCUGGACGACGGAAACGAGACCACCGGGAACCAGUUCCAGCAGCCCGACUGGCAGGUGGCUCUGUGGGCCAUCGCCUACUCCCUCAUCAUCCUGGUGUCCAUCACCGGGAACGUCACGGUAAUCUGGAUCAUCCUGGCUCACAGACGCAUGAGGACUGUAACCAACUACUUCAUCGUCAACCUGGCCUUUUCGGAUGCCUCCAUGGCAACGUUUAACACCCUCUUCAACUUCGUCUAUGCGCUUCACAAUGACUGGUACUUCGGCCUGGGCUACUGCAGAUUUCAGAACUUCUUCCCCAUCAUGGCCAUGUUUUCAUCAAUAUACUCAAUGGCUGCCAUCUCAGUGGACAGGUACAUGGCGAUCAUCCACCCGCUGAAGCCUCGCCUCUCCUCCACCUCCACAAAGGUGGUGAUUGCCCUGAUUUGGAUUGUGGCCUUCUCGCUGGCUUUCCCUCAGUGCUACUACAGCGUAACAACAUUUUACUACCCCAGGACGGUGUGCAUGGUCGACUGGCCGGAUGAUUACGGAGGAACCCACCAGCUAAGGUGAAAGAGGGAGACAAAUGAAAAACACACACAGGGAGCAUCAGAGUCAGAUUUCUAUGUGUGUUUUAUGUAUUUAUGCACAGGAUUUAGAGGGUGUCCGAGGGUUUGGUUUCUUUUUCUGUGUGCAUGUCAAUUGCCUCUCUACUUCCUCUAUAUGCAGAGGUGGGUAGAAUACCUCAAAAUGGUAUUCAAGAAAGAGUAGCACUACUUCCACAUGUUUUUACUCAAGUAAAAGUAAAAAGUAGCUG